ACAUAUAUAUGUAUGUCUAAAAUAAUUAAAUCCUAGUAGGAAACAUAUUCUUCGUGAUAAAAUCUUCUUCAACAAUGUAAUCAGAAAUUUUCAAUUUAUCCUAUACAUAGAUUGUUAUAUAAGUUUUAUUACUCACUUUAAAGAUGUCCUAUAUAUUUUCAAACCUGAUCAUAAUCACAUAAGAUCUUGGAUCACGGGAAAGUUGGGUUAUAAAAUGUAUAUGAUGUAAUCAAUAUUUCUUAGUGAAUUUAGAAAUAUAAUUAAAAUUAAAUUACAUUGUAAUACUCAUUAAGGUUUUUACAAAAUGUAGCCUCUUUUAAGAAAUCGAUAUCUUUAUCGCGAUAAGAACGAUAAGAGAUUAUCAUUUACCAGAUAACACGAUACCUAAGGUAAACGUCUCGCAAGUUAAUUACGAACACGGAUGAUUCAACAUAUUUUCGAGAGACUACACGAUUUUCCCUUCUAUAGAUUUAUUAGAUUUUUUGAUAGAAUUCGAACGAAUUGGAUUAACAUAGAGACUUUAUAAUAUAUAUUUCUUUUUCUAUAACAAAUCUAUUGAUCAUGUUAAAAAGUUACACAUUUAAAAAUUUCAAAUUGAUACGCCCGUAUGAAUGAUACCCGCAUAGUUAAUAAACAUGCAACAUGUAAUUACUAAUACCCGCAUUAAGAUCGUCGAAUUUUAUUGUUACCAGCAUAAAAUAUGUUUCACAAAGAAAGUGUAUCGAUCGCUUUUGUAUUAUAGAUAAAUGUGUCAUCGGGAAAUUACUUUCUAAAGCAAAUAAGUUAAUUGAACUGUUCGUAGUAUCACGUGUGUUGGCAUGUUUUAAAUUUUCUUAAAAAAGACAAGAAAAACAAAAAAAGCAUUACCAAUCGAUACUUUAACUAAUAUUUCUUAUUACGUGAAUUCGAUAAAAACAUAUUUCCCGCGAAUUUCGUUGCAGACAGCAUCAGAAAAAAAUGAUAAAGGACUAUUGCGAUUGGCCGUUAGAAAAGUCAAAGAUGAACGACGAUUGGCUGGUAACACGUAAGUCGGCGCGUCAUAGCGGGCAUCUAACAGGUGGUCGUACGCGAUUGGUCGAUUAACUCGAACAGUAGUGCUGCGGUACAAGCAGCACGUGCGCGCGCUUAGAGGCGCAUUCGCGGCGGCAAAGUACGUGGAGGCGGGUGCGUCCGUGUUCGCCCUUAUCCUCUCACCCUCCUCACCGUUGUUCCUCUUUCUCGUUCAUAGUAAGUUAGUCUAUUGGCGUUACUCAGAACGGUGGUACGCCAUCAGGGAACGAAAAACGCGUAUCUUACUUCUCUGUCUAUAGCUUUAUGUCUAUAGCUUUAGGCGUGUUAAGAGAAAAUUGAGAAAUAAAAGGAGAAGAAGGAAGAAUAGGAAGAUAAGGAGGAAGAGAAAGAGAAAGAGGAAGAGGAGGUAGAGGAGGAGGAGGAGAAGAAGAGAGAGAGAGAGAGAGAGAGAGAAAUAGUAAGGAGGUUUCGCAUCCAAUUGGCGCCGUCUUUACCAGUUACAGAACGGUCAUUCGCGGCGCGCUGAUUCCAAGAGCGACGACGGAUCGAUCAUAUCUGUUUUCGCGCAACCUCUACGAGAAUUCAUCCGCGUCAUCCGCUACCAUCUCUCCUUCCCCUUCCUUUCCUUUCUCCCUACCCAUUAUUUUUUUCUUUUUCCUCUUUCUUUCGUCGCUUCCCCCUCUUCUCGGAAAAACAGACCGGCGCCUUCGUCCUUUCGAUCGGUCUUUCCCGUCUUAUCGUUCUUCUAACAUUCCUCCCCGUGCGUUCGCGUCCCUCCAUCUGGAGGAUUCGUACUGUCUAUUUAAAAAAAGGGAAGGUUCGCAAGAGGAUACCUCGUGCGCGUAUUUCGAUUCCGUUGGAAAGUAUCGGUGUCCUUUCAAGGAGAAUCACGAUGCUCGUGGUUUGAAGUUAUAAACGGCGUCAAUGAGCAUUCAAGUAUGUACGAUUGAUUGAGGACAGUGAACACACCGGGAGAUCGGAGAAAGAUCAACGAAUAGAAGAGACGGCCAUCAUGGAAUUCUACGACGUGGGAAGCAGCGAUCUCAGGGAGUUGUGGGAGUCUUACCUCACAGAACCAGGACUUGGACAGGAGGUAUCAAUGACGUCGAGAGAAGAGGAAUGGGGUAACGUUUUGUGCCUCAGGGACAAGUCAUCCUUGAGUGUCGUUCUAAGAGAUCGUUUGAUGACAGAUGCUGCGUUAGGUGGACCACGUCCUAUAAAAUCCGAACAUAGUUAUAGUUUAUUGGCUUCCAGUCCUCCACCGAGUCCAGCAACUCCUGGUACCAAUCCUUGUACACCGAAGAAUUCUGUACCCUCCAGUAGUACGGCUGGUACAUUGGCGGUCAACACCAUUUCAUCUAUUGAUUCAAAUAAUCUGGAUCACAGCAAAUCUCUAGAUAUCCGGCCGAGAUUCGAUGAUAUGGAAGACGAGUGCUUCCUAGCAAUUUCAAUGAAUGCAUCCCGAAACGAGGAUCAAUCGUUGCCGUUACCCCUUCAGACAACUUAUACCUCGACCGUAAUUUUGAAGAAACCUAAUGUAGUACCUGAAGAUAACGAUUAUUCCGAAAUUAAGGGCGAACCGCUCAGUGCACCCGGUAGUCCUUGUACGCCUUGUCCUUCGUCGAGUACGACUAUAGACGAUAAAAGUACGAUAACAAUGGUAUCGCCACAAAAUCUACACUUUUCGAGGAAUCAACUUGCACCUACGAGUGAUAGCGAGGAAGACGACGAGGAUUAUUAUCAGAAUAUGGAAGUAGAAGAAUAUGAUGUACCGUGUGAAGAAUACGAAGGAAGUCGCACAUCUAGACAAAGCUUACCUCCAACUCCACCCAGCAGUGCGAGUUCAGAUAGCGAAGGUACAGCGUCUGCUUCUUGUUCACCUGAACGUCGAGAUUCUCAAAAUUCAUCGCACUCUCAGAAUAUUAGAGGUCUUUUAACACCUAGACUCUAUGUCACCAAUGCAACACAUACAACAAGGCAGCCCAUUCACACACCUUUAAUUUCCUGUCAACCAAAAGGUUCCACCGGAGUUUUAACGUUGACGGAAGAAGAAAAACGAACUCUCAUAGCUGAGGGUUAUCCUGUACCUACCAAAUUACCUCUAACGAAGCAGGAAGAGAAAUCUUUGAAAAAAGUACGAAGAAAAAUAAAGAAUAAGAUAUCGGCACAAGAAUCACGAAGAAAGAAAAAGGAAUAUAUGGAUGGUCUAGAGAGGCGAGUCACCAUGUUGACAAACGAAAAUUCUUCGUACAGGGAUCGAUUGACAGUAUUGGAAGACACGAAUCGUGAAUUAUUAAAAGAGUUGCAACGUCUUCAAGCACUUUUACAGCUCCAAUCAUCUUAGCUUUUUCUUGAUGAGAAACAAGAUUUUGCUAAUUUGUUAUCGCUGAUUGGGAAAAUGUAGUUCUUUUUCUUUCCAAGCAAGUUAUCCUCUAUCUUCUAAUAUAGGAUUGAGAUUAAUAUUUACGUUUAAAUUUUAAUUCCAAUGAGAGAAAACAUUAGAAGUAGUUAAUGGCAGUUGAUCGAUAAUCAUCAAUGUUGAAACUUAGUUGAAACUUAGAAGAACGACAAAAGUGACUGUUCGUUGGUUUUUUUUUUUGAGGAUUUUGGUGUCGAUGGAAAAUUUAAUAUUUGGGAUUGGUGCAAUGUUGUUAGGCUCGUCAAGUCUUUCCUUCGAAUUGUGAAUAAAUGAUUGAUGACCUCGUCAUGAUCGUAGUAAAUACAACAGUUUCUCGAAAGCAAGUGCUGUUUCGAGUUCCUUGAGUUUCAUUGUCUUCCUAAGAUUAUCGAGAAUCGAGUUAAAUCACGAUGAUCGAAGAGUAUAUUAUAGAUUACUAUUGUGUCGUACCCUUUGAACAGAAUAUACGUGAUCUAGCCAGCAGUGCCUUCGUAUUCUUUUAAAUGUUUUAUUUUUCAUUGUAAUCGCAACAAAUAGAGGGUGAGAAAAGAUGAGGAAGAGGAGGAAAAAGAGAAAGAGAGAGGUGCAGACAUCGUAUACUUUAGUACAAUUAUAUUUUUAAGACAACGUUUCCUUUUUUUAAUCCAUUCGUUGUAAGCAUUCUGAUCUUAUGUUCGGCUUCCUAAUGAGAUACGAAAAUCAUACGACGUAUGACGUAUUUUUAUUCGGUUAUGAAACCGAACAAAAGCGAAAUCGGAUGCAAUUGCCAAAGGAUGGCGAGAAUUCUUGAAUUCGUCCAGAUAUUUAAGAUCAUAUUUCAAACGAAUACUAGCACUGCACUUUUGUGUAUAAGUUAAGUCACUUGCACUUAUGAAGAGAAUACAUUAUGGUGUGCGUGUGUAUAUGUAUAUAUAUAUAUAUAUAUAUAUAUAUAUAUAUAUAUAUACGGAGUAUAUAUAUUUAAGAAAAAAUACGAAGAGAAAAAUGUCAAGAAAAACGAAGAUGGUAAUCUUUGAUUGAAUGAAUGAGCAAAUGUAUGAAAAUUAUAAUAAAUAAGUAAUAAUAUAAUUGAGGAGAAAAGAAAGAAAGAGAGAGCAAAAGAAGAAAAUAAUUGAAAUAGUAACAAAAUAAUUAGCGUGAGAUGCCCAACAUAUUUUACAUAUAAUUUUUACAAGAAAGAGCCUUUAUCUAAAAUACAAUGAACGUAAUACGAAAAUGAGAAAAUAUCGAAAUAUUACUCAUUUUCAUUUAAGAUUUUGGUGCGAAUGUUGUAUAAACGAAUCAUUCCAAAAAGACUAUGAAAAAAAUAUAUAUAUAUAAAUUCGAGAGAGAAUUUAUGAAUUAUAUACGUUAAAGUGUACAACAAUCAAGUUACGAAAAUAAUUUCUAAGAGUUUAUAUAGAAAGAUAUUCGUUUAUUCUAUAAAACUCGAAUAUUUAUACGAAAAGAAUAAUAUAUAUACUUAUAUCAGUGCACAUGCGAAGAGAUUUUAUACGAGAAUUUACAAAAGAGGUGUAAUUGCCUUAAUGACAAUUUCAUAUUCUAUAUAAAGAUAAUUUUCAUAGUCCAUAAAACUCGAAAAUCGAACGUU